AUGGCAAAAAAAGGUCAAGGAAAGAAAAACCAACAGCAGCAACAACACGGUGUUGAAAAUCGCGAACUUUAUCAACGGAUGAAUUUUUUGUAUCAAGCUGCUGCACUUAUGACUACUACUACUUUUGUUCAGGAAUCUACUAGAUCACUUGGCAGGUUUUAUGUAAAUACAAUGAGAAAUAUCAGCAAGAAACAAGUAUUGAGAAUCGUGCCGUCUAUUAAAAGAAACAUUUGCAAGCGAUGUGAUUCUUUGCUUGUUCCUGGAUUAACAUCACGUGCUCGAGUUAAAUCUCGUCGACAGAAACAACUCGAAAUUGAAUGUAUCGAAUGCAAAGCAAUUAAAAUAUUUCCAGCAAAAAAGAAUUAUCAAUUGUUCUCGGAGAAACCAGAGAAUAUUGUUGGUGCUCCCACUAAUGAUUCUGAUGAAUUAUAA